GGGAGGGCAAGAGAAGAAGAGAAAGAAGAAGAAGAAGAAGAAGAAGAAGAAGAAGAAGCGUCUGGACUUGUUUCUUCCCCCUGACUGUAACUUUUUCGGUAUGAACGCAGAUACGUGCGUCUCAUACUGCGACAUGACAUCCAUGGACUCUUACUACAGCGCGUCUACUGCGCAGAGCAGAGACCACCAGGCGAAUCCUUUCAGGACUUUCCAGACCACCGAAACCAAAUACAGCCCCACGUUCAUUCCGGGUAAAGGCUCCCGGAGCCCCUUCCAGACAGAGUGCCAGUCACUGGACGGAGCCGAGGAGAGCAACUUUAACAAAUACCAGCUCUUCAUGCAGCGGCCGACCUGCAAGACUCCACCCGAAGGCGGCAAGCUGCACCCGGACAGCGGACACAACGGGACGCUCAUCCCCUGCUACGGAAAGGACAACAGCGGCCUGACAGAGUCUGAGCUUCCGCCAAGCGUUGAUCCUCCUGGGAUGGAGGGCAGCUACCUGAACCUGAAGGAGCCCGUUGUGAAGGGGCCAAGCGAGCGAUCGGGGUCCGACCUCUCCAGCCCGCUGGAGAAAAGCGAGGCGGAGAGCAACAAAGGCAAGAAGAGACGCAACCGCACAACAUUCACCAGCUACCAGCUGGAAGAGCUGGAGAAAGUUUUCCAGAAGACGCACUACCCAGACGUUUACGCUCGCGAGCAACUGGCGCUGAGGACGGACCUGACAGAGGCUCGGGUUCAGGUGUGGUUUCAGAAUCGCAGAGCCAAGUGGAGGAAGAGAGAACGUUUUGGCCAGAUGCAACAAGUGCGCACACACUUUUCCACUGCUUACGAACUUCCACUUCUCACUCGACCAGAAAACUAUGCACAGAUCCAGAACCCUUCGUGGAUCGGGAGCAGCAGUGCAGCCUCCCCGGUGCCAGGCUGCGUGGUGCCGUGUGACUCCGUCCCGUCCUGCAUGCCGCCUCACCCUCACGCUCCCGGAGGCGUCUCCGACUUCCUGGGCGUGCCCAGUCCAGGCAGCAGCCACAUGGGACAGACACACAUGGGCAGCCUGUUUGGGGGCGCCGGGAUCAGCGGGGGCAUCAACGGCUACGACCUCAACAUUGAUCCCGAUCGCAAGUCCUCCAGCAUAGCUGCGCUGCGGAUGAAGGCCAAGGAACACAGCGCGGCCAUCUCCUGGGCGACAUGAUGGGACCCGCCCGGUCCCCGCGAUGGCCUCAUCUCCGGAGCCGCCGUCAGUGAGCACUGAGGAGGAGAGGGGUUUUCCUGAGAGCACUAAUGAUAACACGAGUCAGAUGAAGAGGGGGAGACAGAGGAGAUAAGAGGGGCCAGAGCAGCAGCCAAAGCAAGCCAGAUAACUGUGACAAGGAAUAUUCUGUAUUUAGACAGAAAUACAGCUGUGUGACUUUAGAGGAAAACCCCAGCACUUAUUCACAGUCCUGAUAAAGAUGCAUAAAGUGCCUUAAAAUAAUAACAUUUCUCACUGUAGUGUCGUAAUCUCACACUGAACACCCAACGUUUCAUUUAGGUAAAUGUUAAGAAAUAAGCUUUAACAGCAGUAUUCUGUUAAAUCAACUUUUUCGAGCUUUACAUCAUGUUAUAAAGUUAUUCGCUCAUCAGAAACAUACAUGGAGUGUUGCCUUGAUUUCUCCAUGCAUGUUUGAGAAAUCCUUCAAUCUCCAUGGCAACCAUUCAGCUGUACAAAAGUCUGGGUGGACUAAGCUCCGCCCACGAGAACAAAGCUCCUCCUCUGAGCUGCAGUUUCCAAGCUUCCACCUCACAGAGCAGCACUGCCCCACUCUGCUCCUUCAG